AGUGAUGUUCCUGAAUGCCCUGAUAGGUGUCUCCAAUUACGCCUGUGCAAAAUAAACUGCGCUGACGUGUUUGCGCUGCUGAUUGAUGUGUCGCUGGCUUUUUUCGUUGCCGAAUUAUAUGCACACGAGGACUUGACUUGUGAAGAUGAGUGUUGAAGUGGAAAGAAAAUUUGUGUGCACUGCCGAUACUGUGAAAACCUUGGAGGAGAUCGGGGUGUUUCUUGGUCAGCGGCAGUUUUGUGACCAUUACUUUGACACCCCCAAGUUUGACCUGACUUUGAGGGACAUGUGGCUUCGUAAACGUAAAGGAUGCUGGGAGCUUAAGUGCCCAACAAUAGCCGACAAGGCAGGAGAGACGUCUAGGGAACAAUCUAAAGCAGCAGCAAUGUGUUCCCGCUACAAGGAGAUAACAAAUCUGCCUGAAAUUCAACUGAGAGUAAAAGAGGUCAUAAAAGACGUUUGUGAGGACAGUGAGACAGAGACGAGCCCCUCACAAGAGGAGGAGUCUUGGAUUAUCAGAAAUAAUCUUGUGUGCUUUGCAGAGUUUACAACAGUGAGGAGGUCUUUCAGUUUAAAGGAGGAAGGGGUGCAGGUAGAUCUUGAUGAAGCUGACUUUGGCUUCCAUGUGGGAGAGAUAGAGGUCCUUCUUUCAGAGGGAGGAGAUGUGCAGUCGGCCCUGGAGAAGAUUGAGAGAACAGCGGGAAAGCUGGGUCUGAGUGGAGAUAAGCGUGUUGAAGGAAAAAUGCAUGCUUACCUUAGAAGAAAUCACCCUGAGCACUUUGCAAAACUACUGAGUGAACAUAUUUUGUAGGACAUAUCUGUAACACAAAUGGUUAAAUCGUUUUUAAGAUGUACUGUACAUAGUCAUAUCUGUAUAACUGAACCUUUUUUUUAAUGCAAUUUAUCUAUGAAUCGUCCAGAGUUAGUAUUGUAAGUAUGCGUUAGGAUUUUUAGAAAACAAUAGGCCCUUGAAAUUAACACUUGCAGGAUACUUAAUGGUUGUGUCCUACAGAUACGUAUACGACACAUGCAACAGUUAUAUUUUUGUCUGGCUGUAAUAUGGAGAGUGUGAGAGGAAGUGUGAACACUGCAAAAAUAUGUGGUGCAAUACUGUUGAUUCGCCGUUAACAAUGAUUGUUUUGUAUUAAAUAACAGAUGAUCAGACAUUUAUGACACUCGAUGAGAAGGUCAGAAAUGACUUUUUUUAUGCUGACUUCAGCCGCUGGAUUGUUCUUGUUGUCUAUGAGAGAUGAUUGAGAAGUGGAAAUAUAUCUGCCAUGGUCUUACAUCA